AUGCAUGCUUUACAAAAAAUGGAGCACAAACUUGAGGAAUGUAAAGAGAAUAUAAAAACAGUAAAAGAUUUAGCUAAAAAGCUCUUAGAUGUUGCUAAAAAAGCUACAAACACACCAAAAAAUGAAGAGUUGUCAGAGUAUUAUAGAAAAGAGUUUGAAAAGUAUCCUACAACAAUUCAAGAAAUUGAUGAUGUUACUCAUGCUCUGCAAGCCCGAGCAGAUUGUCGCUUUCACACUGAAGAAAAGGUUGUACAGGAAUAUUAUCAAAGACAAAAAACAAUCCAAAAUCUGGAAGAAGAAAUGAAGUCUAAGAAAGUGGAUGUAGAAAAUCAUCAACAACAAAUUGAAAUAGCUAAAAAACAAUGGUUGGAACCUCUGACUAAACUUAUAGCCAAAAUCAGCCGAAGUUUCAGUGAAUAUUUUCAUAGUAUGGACUGUGCAGGAGAAGUGGAUCUCAAAUUACCUGACAAUGCGGAAGAUUUUGAGAAAUAUGGUGUGAGUAUUAAAGUAAAAUUCCGUGAUAGUGAACAAAUGCAAGAGUUAUCUCAGAAUAUUCAAAGUGGAGGAGAGCGCAGUAUAUCCACUGUCCUUUACCUAAUGGCCAUUCAGGACUUAGCUACUGCACCUUUUCGCUGUGUGGAUGAAAUUAAUCAGGGAAUGGAUCCUAUAAAUGAGAGGAGAGUGUUUAAGAUUGUAGUAGAUGCUGUUUGUAAGAAAAGGACGUCACAGUAUUUUCUGUUAACACCUAAGUUGUUACCAGACCUUGACUAUCAUGAUGCUAUGUCAGUUCUCUGUGUGUACAAUGGACCUUUGAUGCUGCACCACAGUGAAUGGGAUUUACGAAAAUUCCUCAGACGUAGGCGUCGACUUGUUGAUUAG